GCCAUGACGAUUACGACGCUUCACAUGUUCAGUAUGAAACUGCAGCUGUAUCACUUGCUAACUAGGAUGUAGUAUUUUACAAAUGACAGGGAAAUGUGUUUAACUGUUUUAUUUAAUUUAAUAGGAACACGUCUUAAUUAAAAGUCAAAUGUACUUAAAAUAUAGCAGAAUAUGAACUGGGGCUACAAGUCAAUAAAGUACAUCGAAGUACGAUGGUGCUGUAGGACUACCAUCGGUAGACUACAGUAUCGCAAUAAUGUAGGCCUAUAUAUCUAAAGCAAAACGAGUGAAACAAUAUAGAACGUAAUCGGUUUGUUAAGAUCGUUUUCAAUACCGACGUUUGCGAGACGGACAGACAUUAACUCCUAAAUAAAAGAAGGCCUGUUGAAAGAGGUUAUACAUCUUUACAUAUAACAUGGACCCGGAGCUUCGUUACAUACAAAGUGUGAGGGCGGCCUUCAACCCUGCCUACACUCAGCUGGCAACGGACGGGCUAUACCUGGCCAUACCCCAUACACGCUGCUCCGUCGGUGUCUGGAGUCUGCAACACCUGUCUUUUAAGCCUCUUGAACUGGAAGGUCAUAGGAAAAUACUGACAAGUAUCUCCUUAGGAAGUAGAAGCUCCCCAAAGUUGCUUUGUUCAGCUGCAGAGGACUAUGUGAUAGUGUGGAACCUGUUAAAGGCACGCCAGAUGGUUGACAAAGGGAUGCAGAUACGUGGUCAGAUCAUCGGAACAGCCCUCGGACACAUCCACUACUGUUCCUUCAGUCCUGAUGACAAACUUGUGGCUGCUUGUUGUGGAGCAGAUGUCAUCAUCUUGGAUGCCAGUCCUCUUGAACUGGAGGGUCAUAGGAAAAUACUGACAAGUAUCUCCUUAGGAAGUAGAAGCUCCCCAAAGUUGCUUUGUUCAGCUGCAGAGGACUAUGUGAUAGUGUGGAACCUGUUAAAGGCACGCCAGAUGGUUGACAAAGGGAUGCAGAUACGUGGUCAGAUCAUCGGAACAGCCCUCGGACACAUCCACUACUGUUCCUUCAGUCCUGAUGACAAACUUGUGGCUGCUUGUUGUGGAGCAGAUGUCAUCAUCUUGGAUGCCAGUACAGAGCAUCAUGUAGCCACAGUGGAGGGUCACACUAGCAAACUGACCAGUGCCCAGUUCUGUCCACACUAUUCUGCCACACUGGUCACCAUAUCAGAGGACAGAACAUUUAAGGUGUGGAAUAUAGAAGAUUUUAGCCUGAUUUAUCAGUCUCCGAUCCUCACAGCUUCUCCCUUCAUCAGCAUGGCCAUGAAUCUCACUCAGCCACAGGUUGCUAUAGGAACAGCUGAUGGUCAGGUGCGAGUAUUUGAUUUGACAGAUGGAAAGGGGUUUAGGCAGCUUCAUCAAAUUGGUGUUGACAAAAUUGUGAGGAAACAGAAGACUGCCCAGCAGUAUUCCUCAACAUCGUCACCAACAGGUCCAGUGACCAUCAGUAGUAAGCCCACAUGGAAGAGGGUUGACCAGAAUGAGAUGGAGCCGGUUGGUGACCAAAGUUUGGAAGACGAAGCUGAGGCAGGCUGCUCAGUUCUAGGCCUUUACUUCACAUUUCUGCCACAAGGUGGCGUUGAAGUUGAUAACUCAUCAAAGCCUGUGUUUCUACAACACAAAAGCACCGUGGUACAAGACCUUCUGAGCUCCAGUCCUAUGCUGGUGGUGGGGACCACAGGAGCCAUGAUUCAAAUCAAUGCCAAGACACUGGAUGUGUGUAAAUUCUGGGACCUCCAAGAUCCAGUACAGAUUGACAAUGGACUUGUCACAGAGAACGUGUCUAUAAAUGCUGCAGGUGCCGUCUACAUUUCUCAGGGUGCCAAUGUACAAAAGCUUUGGUGUAUUGUCUGCGGCCAUUUUCAAAACACAGUUCAUAUUCUGGAGUGGUGUCAUGGUUCGGCUGUAGAUGAGGUGACCUCUGACCUUGACAACUUGGAGGUCAGUGAGCAGGGAUCUAACUUACCCUCAUGGGCGGUGAACAGUUUGGACACAAAUGACUUACUUACUAUGGCCCAGAAAGCAGAUGAACUUACUGUUCUCUCCAAUGUUGCAUUAGCUGAAAACUCACCCCUUAGGUCUGAGCUUGUAUUUAAACAGAAAGAGGACACAAGGACAAAGAAACAAAAAGGUUAUCUAACUCCAAACAAGAAACCUGGACAACGUAUUGAAGAUCAGCCACUGACAUUUAAAACCAACGUCAAGUCCUCGGGAUACACUGCCUCUCCAAGGAACACUAUGUUUAAACCAAGGACAGACUUCUCCAGUAGUGCUUCAGCAGCCAGCAGAGGACUACCCAAAUCAGCCUCAUCUGGAUCGGUUGUUGGGAAGAUGAACCAGAAACAGUACCCAACUGACUGUUCCGCACCAUCAGUGUUACAGACCAAGAUAAAUGUUGCUGAACGUCCAACACCAAUCCACUGUGUCCGAUUCUCUGAUGAUGGUCAAAGUCUGGCGUGUGGGUUGGCCAACAAGUCGGCACAAAUGUUUUCCAUGCCUUUGACUGGUAAAGGAUCUAGCUAUGUGGGACAUGACCACACAGUGUCGUGUGUAAACUGGAGUCACGACAGUAACUGGCUGAUCAGCUCCUCAGACGACAGGACGGCGUGUGUGUGGGGGAAAGGACGGGCCGAACCUCUGAUGACCUUUACCACCACCGCCAACAACCUCUCCGUCGACAAGGAGGGUGCUCAGCCACAGAAACCUAGCAAGGACAACCCUCCUUUCCCCAGGGAGGUUAAAUUUGGCCGUUUCUACUACAUGGACAAGUUUAUUCUCCUCACCUCAGGAAGUACAUUGUUCAUGUACAAGUACCAUCUGGACCUCACCAAACAGGACAUUAAAAGAUACCUAAGUAAAAGUAGAUACAAAUUGGUGACAAGUUUUAGUUUGGAGACGCAGCAAAUCACGGCCCUGUCAGCAGUCAAUGGUUUUUACUCCUACCUGGUGCUGUGUGCUGGGACUAACAAAUGUAUAGAGAUACAGGAUAUGAAUGUUGGUCAGACAGUGCGUACCAUGACUGAUGUCCACACAAAGCCAGCCCAUGUCAUCUGUCAGAAUGAGGGAUCCACCUUCACCUCCCAUCCUCCAGACGCGUAUAACCUCUUUGUGACGGCUGCUGCAGGGGAUUGUAUCAAACUGUGGGACAUCCGUACCAACAGAUGUGUAAGGAGAUAUGAAGGUCAUCUAAACAGAGUUUACCCAUGUGGUGUGGAUCUCAGUCCCUGUGGCCGUUACCUAGCAACGGGGUCAGAAGACAGAUCAACAUACAUCUAUGACAUCAGAACUGGGACGUAUUGUCACAAGCUGACUGACCAUACAGAUGUGGUGUCUGAUGUUGCUUUUCACCCCAAAUAUCCACAGCUUCUGUCAUGUUCUUUGGCUGGGAAAUUAGUGCUUUAUGCAGACAAGUUAUCCAGCUGAUAAUGGGUAUGUUGGUGUGUUACAUAUCAAGUAUUGGAGUUUGGGUUAUCUGCCACAAGGACUUGGAACAAGUUAUAAUGUAUUUAUUACGACUUCUCAUCAACUUUGACAUUGAUCUUAUCCACACAAAAUAUAAGGAUUGCACACAUCAUUUUCUGUCUGUGAGGUAGCCUGCCAAGAUACAAGGUUACACCAACAUGGACCAGCAAGGUGUUCUGACAGCGAGACAAUCUACCCAGUUACAAGGAACUGAAGUGUUAACUGUCAAAUUGUCUUGGACUGUGGGAAAGUGUCAGUUACCUCCUACCUAGAUAAGAAAAAUUGUGAUAAUGAUCUGAUGAUAGCAAUAGCAUUUGAUGUCAAUGUUGUGACUGUGAUCUAGUCUACUCGGAUACAAGGACCAGUGGUAUGGACUGUCAAGGUGUUCAGAGACCUGUCUACCCAGAUAUUAGGCUGACAGUACUAAUAUUGUUUUUAAUCCAGCUAGAUACUUGAUAGUACUUUGCAUUAGUUAUAUUCAAAUUAUGAAAAUUUAAAAAGGAAGUGAAACAUUUUAAGAAAUUCUCAUACAUUGUAUCACCUCUGUAUCUAUGUAAUAUGUCUAGUUUAACCGUUGUUUAAUGAAAAUCACCAAUUUGUGCCUUCAAUAACUGAAAUAUGAAAAUAUCAAUACUUUAUUAUAAUUUCACUCAUUAAGUUUACCUCUUUUGAUUAUAUAUAUGAGAAUUUCAAGUUUUCUUAGAUCUGCAUGUGUUUCAAGUAGAGCUUUCUUGUUGCAAAUGUGACUGGAGGCUCAAAAUUAUCAAUUUGAACCAUGUUUUAAAUUUUUAACAGAUGCAGUUUUAAACAGAGGCAGUGAAUAACAUUUGAAUACAUUGUAACCAAACCAAACUUAGUUAAAACUGUAUAUAUACACAACCUUACCUUUCGUCAGUUAGUAUCUGUACUGGCAUGGGAGUAAACUGGAAUAAAAUGUCUGUUAGAGUGAGUAUCUGCAUUGAUAUAGAAGUAUAUUGGAAUUAAAUGUCUGUUAGAGUGAGUAUCUGCAUUGACAUGCAUGAGAGUGGAUGAAGUAAGAGUAGGCUGAAGUACUAUACAUGUAUUUAUAUAUGAUAUAAAUUUCUGUUGAGGUAAUAUUUUUGUAUACACUUGUCUAUUUUACAACUCGUCAAUCACUUUAGCAAUACAUAUUGAAAUCUACUACAAUAUUUAAAGCUUGAUGUGUGAUCAUAUGCAAUAUAAUUUAUUCAAUGCAGGUUUAAAGUGAUUUUUCUGCUUUAAAGUUUGAUUUUGUAAUAAAAAUGAAAGUUGAAAAAAUCAUAAUGAAAGCAAAACGGA